UUAUUCCAUUUCCAGGAAAGUACUUGCGGUCUUCCUAGCAACAUCGUUUGUAUACGUCUACUCGGAACCAUGGAUGUUAAAAAGGGGUUAGCUUCAUUGUUUUUGUUUCAUUUUUCAAUUCCCCUUCACGCCUUCAAGCCCCAACGUUACACACACUAUGGCAAAGGACUCUUAUGAAUUGCUUAUCACAGAGGAGUCAUAUGAAUUGCUCAUCACUAUAUUGCUGCUUCUGAUCAUUUUCGGUUGUGGAUGUUACUAUAUCGGAAGGAAACGUUGUACCUACAAAUUUUUCUGCGAAAUUUUAUUUGUGGCAAAUGAAUGGUACAAAGAACUCGUUCAAUCACAAGGGGAAAGGGCCAGAAGACAAGCAAGACUUCAGCAAUGCGAAUAUCACAAGUGGCGCAGAGUGUAGCAGUAACUCGUGUGGGACGAUGGACUCAUUUAACUUGCAGGGUCGUGGCCAACAAAUUUUCUCAGGCGCACAUAUACGAAGUGGCACUAUCAAUCCAGAACAGAACGACCUUAGUUUUCUCGAUUUUUUCAAUUUAAUAAUGAGACUUUUUCGAAGGAAGAAACAGGAUUAAUCAAGGGAAACCUGAUGUACACGAGUAGGAUCCAUGUUACGUUGAAGUAAUCUCUAUUUUUAACUCUAGAGCCCACUGUCUCCAUUCAAGUUUUACGUCACAAAAUAUAUAAUGCUAAAAUUGAAAAAUGUUGCAAAUUUA